AUGUCUUCCAACACCGCAUCAAAUGCCAAUAGCACUCCCCUUAGACAACAACCUCCAUUACAACAAUUGAUCACAUUAGCAAAGACACAACAAUUCUAUUGGUUCUUAGGUCAUGUGUUUGCUGUAUUAUUUUUCUUGUUGAGUACUAUUACUGGAUUUUGGAAUCCACGUUCAUCAAUAACAUAUUAUCGUUUUACAUUAUUAUCAAUUAUAAUCACUUAUAUAAUUGUUAUUAAACAAUUAUAUUUUAGAAAAUCAGUAGUAAUUUCAAUAAGAUUAUUACGUGAUGAAAAUGUUCAAUAUUUAAGUUUAGCCGUGGUAUUUUAUUUAACCAGUUUUAAAAUAGGAAUAAUUGGAGGUAGUCUUUAUUCAUUUAUAAUUUUUGCAAUUUUCCAUAUUUUGAAUUAUUUCCAAAACCAUUUAUUACCAAUUGUUUUACCAUCUAGUAUUGCUGCUCAACAAAAAUUAAACUCAAUGAUUAAUAGAUUUACUCAAACUUAUAAUCAACCAGCUUUAGUUGCUGCAUCAAAUGCAGAAAUCAUGUGUUUAUUACUUUGUGGAUUUCAAUUAAUUCCAACUGUUUUAAUCAAUUUAUUAAUUAAAUGGGAUAUCAUUACCACUUUAUUUAGAUUUGUUGUCUUUGGAGUUGUAUUAGCAUUUAAUAAGUUUAGAUAUGAUGCUAAUCAAUAUACCAAAGCAGUAAUUGAUCAAUUUGAUAUGAAGGCUAAGCAAUUAUUAUCUACUAGAUUCCCUGCUUAUUUACCUAAAUAUGAACAAUUAAAGAGUCUUGUGAUUGGGAAAUAUAUUAGUAAGAUUCAAUUACCAAAGGAACAAGCCAAAAAGAAGUAG